UCAUCGCUGCCUCCAGGACCGUUGGGGUUACCCAUUUUUGGAAACCUCCCUUUCCUAAAUUCCGAGCUUCACUCUUACUUCACUUCCUUGGCCAAGACCUAUGGCCCAAUCUUCUCCCUCCGACUUGGAAACAAGAUUGCAGUUGUCAUCUCCACUUCCUCAUUGGCACAAGAAGUUCUCAAAGAUCAAGACAUCAUCUUUGCCAACCGAGACGUCCCUAUUGCUGGUAAAGUUGCGUUCUAUGGCGGUUCUGACAUUUUGUGGAGCCCUUACGGACCUGAAUGGAGGAUGCUAAGGAAAAUAUGCGUCCAAGAGAUGCUUACCAAAUCGAAGGUGGAUUCAUUCUAUGAUAUCCGGAAGAGGGAGGUUCGAAAGAUGAUCAAUAGACUUUGGGUCCGGAGGAUGUCGCUGGUGGAUGUUGGGGAAGAGAUGUUCAUGACGGUGUUGAAUUCAAUAAGCACCAUAUUAUGGGGUGAAUGUGGAAAUGAGAUGACGGAAAGUAAUCUAGGCAAUGAGUUCCGUCUCUUUGUGGGAGAGUUGACGAUGCUAAUGGGAGUACCAAAUAUAUCAGAUUUCAUUCCAUGUCUAGCUUAUUUUGACUUGCAAGGUAUAGAGAAAAAGAUGAAGAGAAUGGUGAAGAAAUUUGAUACAGUUUUUGAAUUGAUGAUAAAUGAACGAACGACAGAGGAUGAUAAUAAUGAGAAGAAAGAUUUUCUGCAAGGCCUAUUGAAUUUGAGGAAGGGAGGAGGGGAUACUAAAAUUCCUUUAACCACAACUCAUCUUAAAUCGCUUUUACUGGUAAAUAUCUAAUAGUUUUCUAUGAUAA